ACUUGCCCCAGUGAAACAUUGAUGCGCGAGCUCAGAUAGCAUUCCUCGCUCGUUAAAAAAAAAAAAAAAAACUACAGCUGUGUGUUGGACACGUUGAACAAAUGCAUCGCUCCCUCCUGUUAUUGAUUCUUAAAAAAAAUCUAUCAUGGGCGUUGACAAUUUCAAGAUGGCACUUUGAUGAUGGGCUGAAGGAUACAACUGCUUACUAACUGACCAAAUGAGAUAACAGCACAGCAGCAAUGUCUUCCUUAGAAAAGGAAAUUACUGACCUUCAUUUAAGCCUUGAUUGUGGUGAUAAUGCUGUGAAAACACAUACCCCGCACAUUCUACCAGAGUGUGUUGGACCUAUACAGAUCACUGAGUAUGUCACAUCUGACACCCAAUAUUUCAGCAGAAGAAACUUCAAAUAUGUUGUGGAUUGCAUUUUGAAGAACACUACUUUAAAGAAUUUGUAUCUUGAAGGUAAUGAAAUAUCCAGGCUUCCGGAUACGCUGUUCACCAGUUUGUCAAACUUGGUGUGGUUAGAUCUCAGAAAUAACCAAAUCACAGCCCUUCCUGCAAAAAUUGGUCUACACAGAUGUCUGAAAACGUUGCUGCUAGAAGGGAAUCCUAUCACAGAGCUUCCACUGGAAUUGGGUAACGUGAUUACUCUCAAGGCCCUGAGUUUGAGGCAUUGCCCCAUCACGUUUCCACCUCAAGAGGUUGUGGGGCAGGGCCUCCAAUGCAUCCUACAGUACCUACGGAGUGCCAUGGCCGAACGACCGGUUAGUGUGCGGAACUCUCUUCCAGACAUGCCCCCAGUGGAGAAGCUACAGUUGACAGAGCUUGUAAAGUCCAGUUUGGACCUGUGUGAAGAGGUGGUGGAUGAAGAUGAACUGCAGAGGUUCAGAGAGCUGAGGCAGAAGAUGAGCCAAAUGGACAGAGCUGAGUUGGGCUAUGCCCUCCCUAUUUCACGCCUCCCUAGAGCAGCAGAGGGUGAUAGAGGCCACAAGACAUACCCUCUGCCCGUCAUUAAAAGAAAGAAAGAGAUUACCAGGGGAAAUAUAUUUCCCGAGCUCCCUCCCUUUGACACGCAGUACUGGAAGAGGUCAGAGGAGAGAAGACUGGCUGCAAUGAAAGAGCUUAAAGAAAAACAAGCCAUUCUUGAACAAAGGAGGAAAGACCAAGAGCUCCUCAAGGAAUGGCGUACUCAUGCUAGGGUCAUGCAGGAGAGGAAAAUCUUAGAGCACAAGCAGGAAAGGCGUGAGAGACAUAGAAGAGAAGAGACGUUGAAAAAGAUAGCGUCAGGCUGCGCAGACACUCAGUUGAGGCUGUCCAGGUCAGGGGCAGCGACAGGCCUAGCUAACGAUGGAUCACUGUGCCUCCAGUGUGCCGAGUCAGUCAUCCUGCAGUCAGAUGUCCCCAGCGAGGCUGCACCACAGCUGGUACCGAUAAAUGCUCCAUACGCCACAGAGUCUCUGUGUAGUGUUGUUGAAAGUGGUGAGGUCAAGACCCACAACCCCCCACCAAAGAGGAUCCAGAGACAGAGCUCGUUCCUGUCCCAGAAGGAACACGAGGAAGCCAGGGCAGCCCGCGACCGGGAGUUAGAGCAGCGGAUCAGGAGCCAUGUUCAGAUGAUCCAGGAGAGGCGCAGGAGGCCCAGUGGCACUGCCCAAGAGGAGACAGAAGCUGCAAGGCAGGACAUGGAGGAAGCCAAGAGAUUGCAGUCGGAACUUGCUGAGAGGAAACAGGAGAGCGACAUCGAGUAUCGAUUCAUCGCAUUUACUGGGGAGAACUCACCAAGAUGCUAUGACAAUUGAAAGUAUUUGUGUGUGUAGACCUACUGCCAUUUAGAAUUGUUGCCGUAUUAAAUGAAUUGACAUUGUAUGCAAAGAAGUCAUACAGGACAGGGUAGUAUGGAAUUAUAGCACUCUACAAACAGUUUACAAUGGCAUCCGAUACCCAUUCAUCAAUAAACAUUUCAGCCUGUUACAUGCACAUCA